AUGACGAAUGAUCUUCGACAACGACGAAAAGAAGAUCAAUCGUCUCAAUCGAUUCGAAAGACAUCCAAACAGUCAAAUAAAACCUAUGGGCAAUAUGCGAUUAUAUUUGGUAUUCUUAUUUUUACAUGUGUCGUAGUAAUCCCUACCGUAGUCGAUCGAAUAAAAUCGUUCUUAAUUUAUGAUGAAACAUCAGAUGAUAAAUAUUAUCCUUCUGAAGUACUCUAUCUAUUUCGAAAACAUGAUCGAGAUGGUGACAAUUAUUUAUCGCUGGAAGAAUUUGAACCUAUUGCUAGUCAAUUGAAUCAAAAAAAACUGCCAACUGAUUAUAUUCAACCAAUAUUAAAUUCGGAUCAUUUAGUAACGAUAAAUGCUUUCUUCGAGCCAUUGAAUAUUUCAACAAUGACUAAAGAUUUUCGCUAUACACUUCUUAAUAAUUUAGAUGAACUUCAAUCAUUAAAAUUAUGGAAAGAACCUCAUGUGAGCCGUUUAAAUUUUGCUGCAAGUCAUUUUAAAUCUUUUUUACCGAAACAAAAUAUUGAAAUUGGGAAACCCUAUUGGAUUAUUGAAGGCAAUGAAAGACAAUUUAUGGAGCAUCUAUCUGCAAAUCGAUAUUCUCCACCGGAUGUUUUGCACGAUCAUAUUAUUUUUCAUCGUUUACUAAGCAUGUUUCAUCCACGCCCAUUUAUUUUCUCUCGAUUUCCACCUCAAGGCACUGCUGCUGUUGUGCGUGCUCGUCAUGGAUCACUUCUUGAUAUUUAUUUUCGAAUACACGCAGAGUUUCAACUCAACACACCACCUUAUCAUCCAUUUUGGUAUACACCUGCUCUAUUUCAAGGUCGUUUAAUCAUACGUGAUGAUACUUCGGAAUUGACAUAUUUUCAUAUGUAUGUACCGAACGAAAAACGUUUGAAUGUCGAUAUGGAAUGGAUAAUAUCAAAAGGUGGUCCAUCAACUUCAUUGGAAGUUGACAUUGGUUACAUGCCUAGAAUGGAAUUGAGAUCAGCAGCACCAUCGAUUAGUCUCAAUGGCACAGGAAUAACAUCGGAACAAUUGAUAGCAACAAUGAACGAAAAUUUACGUGAUAAUUUAUUGAAAUCGUUUAAUUCACCUGAUGAAAAUUUUGCGAAUGAAAAAGAAGUAUUUGAUUUACUCGAAAGGAAAUUUUAUCCAUUUAAAGCAGUUCCAUAUUAUGAAUAUCGUUCCGGCCGAACUUUACGAGAAACAGUUCUCGAAAGUUCGGCCGUUCUUAAUCUACUGCGUGAGCAGUUUGUAUCAACAUGGGCGUUAGUCGUUGAUUUAAAAGCAAUCAUAGGAAAUCAAUCCGAUGAUACUAUUAAAGAUUCACAACGUGCUAAACAAGCUCUUGAUAACUAUGCUUUUCCAGUAGAAUCAAUGAUACAACAAAUUGAUGGUACUGUUAUUAGUAAAAUCAAUGCGAAUGAUUUGUUAAAUAUAAAUUCACAAUCUGAGCAAUUUGUAAAUGUAAUCGCUGAUGAAGGAGAUAUAACAAUCAAACGAUAUGUUCACUUUUUAGAACAAGCUCUUAAUCAUCGACAAAAUUAA